AUGCAGUUCACCAAGAUCGCCUCCGUCCUCGCCAUGGCCGCCGCUGCCACCGCUGCUCCCGCUCCCGGCAACUACGAGGUCGAGCCUCGCACUGGCGGCGGCAACAAAAACCAGCCCGCCUGCUCUGCUCAGAGCCAGCAGGUUUGCUGCACCGGUCUCAGCUGUCUCGUCCAGGUUCUCGGCGGUUGCUCGACCAGCUCUUUCUGCUGCGAGACUGAUGCCCCUAAUGGCGCUCUCGUCAACGUCGCUCUCCUCAACUGUGUCAACCUUCUCUAA